CAAACAAUCGCUGCCAAUGUUUUGUUGUCAAAAUAGAAAAAUCGAAUUUUCAGGACCGCGGCCGAAAUAGUGUUACCAAUGAGUGAUUUGUUCAGUUUCCUAGCGUGAAAACGGUGUGCUGUGCUUAUUAGAAGAAGAUCUUUACGACUAGGACGAAGGAUAAUAGCAAAAUGCCGGAGGAAGCGAUCAAAAAUGAAGGUGAAAUUGAAAACGUUCGAGUCGUCGUACGCGUGCGACCGAUGGACAAAAAUGAGCUCGAUUCUAGCUGCCAGAACGUGAUCAAGGUGGACAAAUCGAACCGAAGCAUCACGGUCGUAAAGCCAACUGCAAACUCCAGCGAGCCUCCCAAGGUGUACUACUUUGAUAACGUUUUCGGCGAAGAUUCGACACAGAUCGAUCUCUACGUUGACACCGCCCGUCCGAUCGUAGAUAAAGUGCUGGAAGGAUACAAUGGCACGAUUCUGGCGUACGGACAGACCGGUACCGGCAAAACGUACACAAUGUCGGGCAAUGCAGAAUCGCCCCAAACGAAGGGCAUCAUUCCGAACACGUUCGCGCACAUCUUUGGACACAUUGCGCGCGGCAAAGAAAACCAAAAGUUUCUCGUGCGUGUCAGCUACAUGGAGAUCUACAAUGAGGAGGUGCGCGAUCUGCUCGGAAAGGAGCUAAACAAAAGCCUGGAGGUGAAGGAGCGUGCUGACAUUGGUGUGUUUGUGAAGGAUCUCAGCGGGUACGUCGUACACAAUGCGGACGAUCUGGACAACAUCAUGAAGCUGGGCAACAAGAACCGUGUCGUCGGUGCAACGAAGAUGAACUCGGAAUCGUCACGCUCGCACGCAAUCUUCUCGAUAACGAUCGAGUCCAGCGAAACAGAUGAAGCCGGCCGGCAGUAUGUGCGUAUGGGCAAGCUACAGUUGGUCGAUCUGGCCGGUUCGGAACGACAGAGUAAGACACAGUCGUCGGGUUUGCGGUUGAAGGAAGCGACCAAGAUCAACCUUUCGCUGUCCGUGCUGGGCAAUGUGAUCAGUGCACUGGUGGAUGGUAAAAGUACACACAUUCCCUACCGUAACUCGAAGCUAACGCGACUGCUGCAGGAUUCACUCGGUGGCAAUAGCAAGACGGUAAUGUGCGCCAGCAUUAGUCCGGCCGAUUCGAACUAUGUUGAAACAAUUUCGACGCUGCGAUACGCAUGCCGAGCAAAGAGCAUUCAGAACUUGGCCCACAUUAACGAGGAACCGAAGGAUGCACUGCUGCGUCACUUCCAGGAGGAAAUCGAAGAACUCAAGCGACAGCUUGAGGAAGGUAUCUUUCAGCAGGGAAUUGAGAGCGGUGAAGAGGAGGAGGAAGAUGAAGCUGAAGGUGAGGAAGAGAAUGAUGAGGACGCGGUGGAGGAAGAGUGCGAUCCGGACGAAGAUCGCGAGCGCGAACGUUUGGAGCGCAAGGAAAAGCGUCGCAAGGAGAAGGCCCGGGAGCGUAAGGAAAAAAGUGACGCCGAGAAGGAACUGCUGGAAAAGAAGGCAAUGGAGAAUCAGCAGGAACUGAAGAAAGCAAAAUCGGAGCAAGACCAGCUGCGGGCGAAGUUGUCAUCGUUGGAGAACAAAAUUCUCGUUGGCGGAGAAAACUUGCUAGAAAAAGCGAAAGAACAGGAGUUCUUGUUGGAAAAUUCGAUCACCGAACUUGAACAGCGCACUAAAACGGAGCGCGAGUUGAAGGAAAACUUGCAAAAAAUCGAAGCCGAACGUAUCGACAUCGAGGAGCGGUACAGCUCGUUACAAGAAGAGUGCGUGGGCAAAACGAAAAAGUUGCAGCGCGUGAUGUCCAUGCUGAUGAGCAUUAAAUCGGAGCUGGCCGAUCAGCAGCAGGAGCAGCAGCGGGAAAAGGAAGGCAUUUACGAAAACAUUCGUAGUUUAUCGCGCGAACUGGCACUUUGCGAGUUGGUAAUCAACUCGUACAUUCCAAAGGAGUAUCAGAACAUGAUCGAGAAAUUUACCCACUGGAAUGAGGAUAUUGGCGAGUGGCAACUCAAGUGUGUUGCGUACACUGGCAAUAACAUGCGCAAAAACAUCCCAGAACCAAAGGUCAACACCAAAGAGACGGAUCUGGUAGAUCUGUCGCAUGUGUAUCUUAGCUACAAUACGGACUCGGUGGCUGAACCAAUACGCGCAAAAACGGCAAGACCGCGCACAUCCGGCAUUGCACGACCGACGACGGCCAGGAAGUACUAUUAGGAAGCAGAAAGUGACAGAUGGUAUUGUGGAAAUGAGGCUUUUAGUCGUGAAACUCCUAGCAGAAUAGAUACGAGUAUCAGUAACUUUAAAGGCAACAAGUCACAUCACAUCAAAGAACACAAAUGAUUUCAUUAAAUCGACCAUUGCUGGUGUUGUCGCGUAAACAUACUACAGUCGAUGCAGAUUUAUCAAAGCUUGCACUAAGCGCACAACAGUACAGUCACUCGCUUUAAACGUGCAAUACGAUACUAGUCGCUUUAUGGUCGAACAAUUGACGAUUGUCAGUGAAUUGUUAUUUUAAAAUCAAAAGUAAACCUUAAUAUGAUGGUGCCCACCUAACUUAACACAGGAGAGUUCAACGAUCAAUGUGCAUCAACGUGCAAGUUAUAAUUUUCUGUAUCUUUACGAAAAGGUAUAUUUUGUUGACAAGUGUAUUAUUGUUUUAUAGCAUACCGGUGUGAACCUUUCUACGUAGUGUUAUGUUGUAGCAGUAUGAAGAAUUUACUUAGUUUAGACGUUACGUACACGUUACGUUACGUUACGUAGAAUUUACGUACAGCCGUACGCAUUCAUACCAGUCACGAUAAUCUUUUCGCCAUUAUAACAUGAUUUCACCCCAUCGCUACCAUAUAGGCAUGUUAAACUGCGCACUGGAAAAUGUGAACUAAUGUAUCUGUUUCUGGUUUAAUCUUACUAUGGACAUACAUUGCCUCCGCGAAAAAUAGCCAAUGAUUUGAAUGACAGAUGUACCAAAACAGUAGGAAAACAAAAGCGUAGAAAGAUUUUGCUGUGGUUGUGACAAUAUUCCAGUAAUUUAGAGACAAAACCAGGAUUUAUUUAUGUGUACAGAUGUGUUUUUUGCUUCAGUUUAGGUGUAGUAGUGUACGCACUUUGAAUUAUAGUUUUCUUCAGCACCAGCGUUCGUUACAAAAACCAUGUUUAAAUUUAAUUACUUGCUUACUAUUAACACUUUAUUGAGUGCAAACGUUUCUCGAUAGGUUUGGUUUCAACGGGGUAGUCGAAUACUACCAACCCCCCAGUCCAACCGUAGCGCACGAGUGAAAUGUGAAGAAUCAAAUGUAUUUUCUAGACUAGUCAAUUGCUACAUUCGGGGCAAAUAAUAUGGCACUCAUAAACGUAAAUGAUGAUUUUCAUGUCCGCUAUAGGAAACGUUUGUCUACUACUCAUGACUUUGUAACUGAGUAACGGUACACAGUGCAAUGAGUAUAGUUUGAAGCAUUAGACUAAACAUAAAAUGAAAUACUCAACAUACACACAAACACACCCUGAUUGCAUAUUUGUAAUGGAAUUUAUUGAAAUACACCAGAAAACGAUAGACUUCAAGCUA